UGACCCAGCAUUCCACCGAGCUGGACCAGUUCAUUGAGAUCUAUAUAUAACACAGAGGAGGGACAUCAUACCAAAGAACCACAAAGAAGUUUAGCAACAGAAGGGAAAAGGGUGACCUACUGAAGACAAGGAUUCCAGAGCACAAGAUGGAAGACCCGAAUCAACUAAAAGAAGAAGGAAACAAGUAUUUCCAAGCAAAUGAUUAUGAUCAAGCGAUUGAUUCUUAUACCAAAGCCAUUAAACUUGUAAAAGAUAAGAAGGUGUUGGCUGUUCUGUAUCGUAAUAGGUCAGCGUGUUAUCUGAAAAAGGAAAACUAUGUACAGGCAGCAACAGAUGCAACAAAAGCUAUUGAUCUAGAUGGGUCAGAUAUCAAAGCCUUGUACAGGCGUUGUCAGGCAUUAGAGAAACUUGGAAAGCUGGACCAAGCCUUUAAGGAUGUUCAGAGGUGUGCAACCCUGGAGCCAAAAAAUCUGACAUUCAGAGAAACUCUGCACAGACUGGGCACCGACAUCCAGGAGAAGCUCCGUGUUCAGUUCUCUACUGACUCCCGGGCUCAAAAGAUGUUUGAGAUACUUCUGGACCCCAACAGUGAAAAAGAAAAACGAGAAAAGGCUGCCAACAACCUGAUAGUCCUGGGCAGGGAGGAUGCAGGUGCCGAGAGAAUUUUUCAGAACAACGGUGUGAACCUGCUCCUGCAGCUGGUAGAAACCAAAGACCCAGAAUUGAUUUUAUCGGCAGUGAGGACACUUUCUGGAAUGUGUACCGGACACAGGGCAAGGGCAACAGCCAUCUUACACCUUGUAGGCUUUAAACGAAUCUGCAGUAUAAUGGCUGUGGACAACGAGGAGAUUGCUUUAGCAACGUGCAACUUGGUGCAGAACAUUGUGGACUCCUUAACCGGAGAGGACAAGAAAGUCCAUGGGAAGGAUGAAGCUGUGGUAUUAGACAGUAAAAAAGAUCUGAGGAUGAUCACCACCGAUUUGUUGGAUAUGCUUGGAAGUAAGAAGGUGUCAGGGCAUGGAAGAGAUCAAGCCUUGAACCUACUCAAUAAGAACAUCCCUCGCAGUGACCUCUCAAUUAAAGAUAAUUCCAAGACACUUUUUGUGGUGGACACAGGUUUGAAAAAGAUUCUAAAAGUUUUGGGACAGAUACCGGAAUUACCCAAUUGUUUGCCUCUGACUGUAAACACGCGAAUAAAUGCCUCUGUUCUUAUAAAUAAGCUGUACGAUGAUCUGAGGUUUGACCCAGAGAGAGACAACUUCAGAAUUCUCUGUGAGGAGUAUAUAACUGGAAACUUUGACCCCAAAAAUAUGGAGAAGAACCUGCAUGCCAUCCAGACUUUAUCAGGAAUCUUGCAGGGCCCCUUUGAUCUUGGCAACAAGCUCCUUGGUUUGCAGGGGGUGUUAGAAAUGAUGGUAGCACUAACCGGAUCAGAUAAUGAGAUAGACCAGUUGAUUGCAGUGGAAGCCAUAAUUCAUGCUUCCACCAAGCUCAGCCGUGCUACCUUUAUCAUCACCAAUGGAGUAUCCAUGCUUAAGGAGAUCUACAAGAAGACAAAGAAUGAAAAGAUAAAAAUACGUGCUCUGGUGGGUCUCUGCAAACUAGGAUCUGCUGGUGGUACAGACUAUGCAUUACGACAGUUUGCAGAAGGAUCUACCGAUAAACUAGCCAAGCAAUGUAGAAAGUGGCUGUGUAACCCAAGCAUUGACAUACAGACCAGGAAGUGGGCGGUGGAAGGUCUGGCUUAUUUGACGUUAGAUGCUGACGUGAAGGAUGACUUUGUAGAAGAUGAGCAAGCCAUGCAGGCCAUGUUUGAACUAUCUAAGACAAGUGAUAAAACAAUCCUUUACUCUGUGGCCACAACCCUGGUUAACUGCACAAACAGUUAUGAUGUGAAGGAGGUCAUACCUGAACUGGUACAACUGGCAAAGUUCUCCAAACAGCAUGUACCCGAGCAGCAUCCAAAGGAUAAGAAGGAUUUCGUAUUAAAACGCGUCAAGAGGCUACUAAAGGCUAAUGUUAUCUCUGCUCUUGCGUGCAUGGUGAAAGUGGACAGUGCCAUCCUUACAGAUCAAACCAAGGAGCAGUUAGCCAGGGUCUUCCUAGCAUUGUGUGAAGAUCCCAAGGACCGAGGCAUCAUUGUUGCUCAAGGAGGAGGAAAGGCCAUGAUCCCAUUGGCUCUGGAAGGCACAGAAGUAGGAAAGACAAAAGCUGCUCAUGGUUUGGCUAAGAUUGCAGCAGUAUCAAACCCGGACAUUGCAUUCCCUGGAGAAAGAGUUUAUGAAGUUGUACGACCUCUAGUCAGUCUCCUGAGCACAGAUAAAGAUGGCAUGCAGAACUUUGAAGCCCUUCUAGGUCUGACCAACCUAGCUGGGAGGAGUGACAAGUUGAGGCAGAAAAUUAUAAAGGAGAAGGCCCUUCCUGAUAUCGAGAACUACAUGUUUGAGAAUCAAGAGCAGAUUCGGCAAGCUGCCACUGAAUGCAUGUGCAACUUGGCUGUGAACAAAGAGGUUCAAGAGAGGUUUGUGGCAGAAGGGAAUGAUCGUCUAAAACUAGUGGUGUUAUUAUGUGGGGAAGAUGAAGAAUUGAAGCUCCAGAGAGCAGCAGCAGGAGCCCUGGCGAUUCUGACAUCCUCUCAAAAGAAACUAUGCCAGAAGAUGCCAGAAGUGACAACCCAAUGGCUGGAGAUCUUGCAAAGACUUUGCCUAAAUGAAGACAUACAGGUCCAGCAUCGGGGAAUUGUGAUCGCCAAUAAUCUUAUCUGUGCAGAUAAGGAACUGGCAAAGAAGCUGGUGGAAUCAGAAAUGCUGGAGAUCCUAACAGUCAUUGGCAAGCAGGAGGAUGAUCCCAGCAAGCAGGAAAUUAUCAACGUGGCCAGAGAAGCUCUUGUAAAGUGCCUAGAUUAUGGUCUGAUAAAGCCCUUUUCUUGAGUCGUUUUACCCAUUUAAGAUAUGUCUGCCAUAUUCAUAUCAUAUGUGACAAAUAGUUUGUAUGUCACCAUUGUGUGGUCUUGCAUAACGUCUUGCAGUGGGGGAUGGAUAUGUCAUUCACACCUUGAAUAAUACAUUGUAAACAUACCAAAGAUAUCUUGUACCAGAAGAGCCAUUAUUUAUUUUCUGACUGUAAAGGUUUUCUAAGUGUGAUCGCAAGUCUAUGUUUCAAUUCUUGGCACGUGUCCUUAAAGUAAUGUUGUAAUUCUGGAAUUUGACGCAUGGUUUCUGCCACACAGAUUAUGACUUUUUACAAUGAAUGGAAAACAUUGAAA